CGCAUAAUGUUUGAGAUAUUUUUAAUCACUCAGAAAUAAACUCUUAUACUUCAUUUACAAAAUUCAAUCGAACUUUAAAAAUAGCUUCCCUAUACCAGCCGAUGGAAAUGGAUGCUAAAUUCACUUUUGCAGGGAUGACAAAUGGAGGUUGACAGACACUCAGACUUUAGAGAUUACCACGCACUGUCACUUUACCCGGCAUGCAUCGCUUGCCUUAUUUGCAGAGUAUUUGAAGUUUCCAGCAAGAGCUAUUUUAUUUACGAAGAGAUCGUUCAUAAUAAAUGGACACAAGCGCGCAUGUACAAAAAUUCAAUUUGCUAAAGUUUUAAUAAAAACCAUUAACCCAGAGUUUGAAAAUAACCCUAUUUAUAAAACUUAAACUCGCACUGCGUGACAUUUGCAAGUAAUGUUAUGAGUGCUUUCAAAAACAAAUCUUAAGUCAGUGUGAAAACAAAGGGAAGUUCAUCAUCUUUUUUGACAUGCUUCGCUGACACGCAGCAACAGUCGUCGAGGAAAGCUAACAACAGCUAAUGCUACACUAGGAAACGAAAGCCGAGAGAGACACCAUCGAAGACCCCGGGGAGGAGCUUACGUAGAUCGUGUUCCAAGUUGUAGAACGGAAAUCAAACAAUCCCCAAGGAAUUAUUGACAAAUCAGUACAGAGCGCUAUGGCUAUGUUUCCUUCCAUCACGAUAGGCAAGGUUACUUAUAACAGCAUCGAGGUUUCCUGGGAAAAUGACAAGAAGACUUUACAUCACAUUCAAAUUAGCAAAGCACGCUCAAGCAGUCCUAGCCCGGGCGCCCCGGCGUUGGACCCUCUGACAAACUACCAAGGAUAUGGAAAUAGUCACGUAUUUAAGAGUUUGGAGCCGAAUACCGAAUACCUCUGUCGCUCACGCUUCGUUGAUGGCAGUCAGCAAACUCUUGGUCAUGGCGCGGCGAGAUGGAGCCAACCGAACCAUGUCUUCACUGCAAAAGAGCCACCGUCGGGAGCUGAAUUGCAUAAAGCUGUAGCAAGACAAGACUUGGACCAAGUUAGAAAGAUUUUAUCCGAGAAUAACUCGGUAGUCGAGGUGAUGGACAAGUUUGGGCUGACACCUCUCAUGGUUGCUGCUCAGAAAGGGUACAUCGAUGUCAUGGAGACGUUGCUAGAGUUUGGCGCGGACCCGAAUUACUUCAACUCGUCCGGUAAGACAUGUAUGAUGAUCUCCUGCUACUCCGGACAAGAAGAGCCGGCCAAACUACUCCGGGAACGAGGCGUGGAGUGGGGAUCCCGUGACAAGAACGGGCUCACCUCCGUGCACUGGGCAGCGGACGGUGGCCAUGACGACCUGUUGCUAUGGAUGCUAAAAGACGGUGCACAAGUCGACCUGGAGGAUACGUAUAAUGGUUGGACACCGCUGAUGCGAGUAGCUUGCCUGAGCGGGAACGAUGAAGUGGCGGAAGUGCUUAUUGCCAAAGGCGCCGAUGUCAACAGAACAGACAAAUCCGGAAAGACCGUGCUUAUGGCGGCCUCCAUGAACGGCCACUUUAACUUAGUUCGCCUGCUUGUCGAGAAGGGAGCAGAUAUCAUGGCUCAGAACAAGGAGGGGAAGACGGCGUUAGAGUUCGCACGGUCCUUCGAGCGACACCGCAUCAUCAAAUACUUGGAAUACCAGUACCAGAAAGAGGAAAAGCAGCGAAAGGCGGAGUUAUUAGAGCAGAGAUCUCGACAGAUAAGGGAAGAGAGUCGACAGAAUAUGGAGAGUUUAGCAGCCAAGGCAUGCUGACAGACGGACAGACAGUCGGAUGAGGAGAGACAGAUGGAUAGACGGACAGACAGAAAGACGGACGGACGGAAAGACGAAGAGACAGACGGACAGACUGACAGAAAGGCAGACAUUUGGAUAAACAGACGGACGGACAAAGAGAGAACUGACAGAAAGGCAGACAUAUGGACAGACAGACGAACGGACGAAGAGACAGACGGAAAGACAGACAGACGAAAAGACAGACAGACAGUAAGACAGACAGACGGACGAAAGUAGUCUGAGGCCCAUUUUAUGAUUUGCCAAAUCAUCCCAACUUAGCGUAUGGGUUCCAUACUACAAGCAUAUUCUACUGAAAGAGAAGUGACAAAGCUAUGUUCUCAGAAAGUAAUCAUCAUAUCAUCUGUCAUAUAGUUUCUAACAUAGUAAUCGUUAGACAAAGAAAGUGCAAAAAGAUCGCCUAUGCAAAUAAAUAAUACAAUACUCGUGAUUAUUUGCCGAAAUAACGCAAAGGUGCCUUCCCCUCAAAAUUUGAGGAUUAUUGGCUGGGGUCAGAAGACAAAUUUAGUUAACAGGUAGUGGAGUUAAGACUGGAUACAUUCUGUUUGGAAUAGCUAGACGUUGAUCAUUAAACAAAGAGGUAGGUAGAUUGUUCCAUUUGGUCAUUCUUCUUUGAAAAAAAGUGUUGUGCUCUGAUGCUGAUGAGUUUUUUUUCCUGUCGAAUCCGUUGUAUCGCGACGCCGCAUUUUCAAAGCAUCGAUUUGUUUUUUUUCUUUUGGGAUUUUCUGUUCCGCCAGUCAAAUUAUUCUAAGGCAAUCAGAUUUUUGCCUAGUGCCUCUCGCCUAGUGCAGUUGCCUGGCUUUCUGUCGCGACACUGUCUGGUUUUCGUCCAGAGGAUAGCCAGGGAAGUGCACAAAGCGAGACUCUGAUUGGCUCAGAAUGGUUUUACUGACGGAACAGAAAACCAAAACAAAUCGUGCUUUGAAAACGCGGGUCGCGAUACAACGGAUUCGACAGUAAAAAAGUAAACGAUUCAAGAUGGGUAUGGCGGGUCUUUUUGUUAACGGGAUGCAUACUUACAUGGCUUUCCCUAGCUUUUGCCUGGAUGAUUACUAAUCAAACAACUAUCAAAGGUAUAUGUGAAUUCUGUAAAGACUUCUGAUUUCUGAUGUAUCACAAAUAAUUUUAUUCCAUUCUUUAAUUGUAAAAAAGAAAAAAAACUAAUUUAAAAAAACACUAAGGCUUAGUUCAAACGUUUUAUUAUCCAUGAGCCGUGUUCAAUGGAAAUGCAUGGAAACGAAGAUAAAACAAUCGACUUGAUUUAUUUGCAUGCAUUUGCAUUGAAUACGGCUCAUGGAUAAUACGACAUUUGAGCUUAGCCAAAGGACGAGAAAAAAGAAAAUACAAAAACCUCUCAAACUGAUAAAACAAACAGGUUCAGAAGCAAUAUCGAGAAUAGAUCAUUCUGACAGAGUGUAUCUUUAUAUAAAGAGAUAUGUCGAGUAUAUCAGCUGGGCUUGCGGUGCAUGCGGUAGCCCUGUGGUAUUCAAUGGUUUUCUCUCUCGCGCGCGCGCGUGACCAACACUCCAACAUAACCCUGGGGGGCGCCAUCGAAAAAAAAUGAUCGAAAUCUAGAAUAAAUCUAACCUCAACAUGCCAUCUGCCCGUAAAAAUUAUAAAAAUGACACGUUUCCUUCAUGGCUAAGUAAGCCCUAUCUUUAUUAAGUACUGGAGUCUAUAAAACAUGUCUGUUCAAGACAUUAGGUACUUUUAAUCCGUCUGUCUCGUUGGAGUGCAUUAACAUGAAAAGAUCCCAAGGACUAAAUGCGACCAGAUAAAUUAAGAGAAUGGGGCUUUCCAUUCUAUCAGCCUGGUGUAGCAACACUUUUACUUUGGUUAUUUGUGAUAUUCCGUGUUGUAUAAAUAUUUGAGGAUACAUUUGGGAUAAACAUAUCUUUUUGUGGGUAAUAAUUAAAACUUUAUGAAUUGUAUGAACUUAUGUUUUAUGGAUUUUAACAAGUUAUAUAUCUCAACCAUUUUUCCGAACAACCAAAACACACAAAAAAAUGAAAUUAUAUGAGCCUUGUCUAAUAUCAAACUCUAAGUAAAUCGUGUGCAGAACUAAUGGAAAUUCACACUUUUCACUUUGCUUGACUUAUUCUGAGCUUAUGCUAUUUUGUCUACAAAAAUAGUUAACUAGUCCGGGAAACAGAAUUUGGGAUAAAGUGAUCAUUAAAUAUUUAACAGCUACAUCAAAAAAACUAGAAAGGUGGAAAGAGUCAUGUCUUAAAACCCCCAACUAUCUGAUAUCACAUGAAUUAUCUCAUAUGACUGAACACCAACACUUCGAGAAAAGCUAUUUUUUUGCAUAUAAAUUAGAAAUGAUUGUCGGUUUAAAUGCCAGCCCCCGUAAGAUAUUACAAUAAAUUACAAGUAGGAGAUUAAAAGUGCAUAAAAAUAAACUAUUGCAUUGAAAACUAUCCAAUCAGGUGAGACCCUCGCGCGGCAAGUUCUGUUCACUUCAUAAUAAAAAUAGAGCGUGUCGAAAAACCACGAAAACAACGAGUAUUGAAAGAAAAAGGCGUAGAUAAACAGGGAAAAUGCCCGCAAGAUUUGCAGGUCGUAGAGCCUCGGCCCGAGCUCGCAUGCAAAACGAGAAAAAUAAAAGAGAAGAGGAAGCCAAGAAAAGCGAACAAAAAGCGAAAACAUCGCCGAGAAAGAGCAAGUCCUUAAGGGAACCGCGACCGCGCAGGGAUGAAACGAGAAAUCAACCCGAAAGCUGUUCAUUCGACUAUGACCAGGCGUUGAGGAAGCUCGCAAAGGCUUCGGAAAUCCUUGAAAGGUCAACAACAAUGGAAAGAGAUGUGAGUGAUAAUUUGGAAAAGAUACAGGAGAAACUGGGGCCAGAAGAGCACGACGAAAAACAGCAAAAGAAAGACGAGAGGGAAGACACUCUAGAGAAACGAAACACUUACAAAAGUGAAUCACAAGCGUAGAUUAUUUUUAAGUUGGACAUUUGCGUUAUUCUAAAAUGUUGUUAUUUUAUCUUUAUGUCGUGGGGUUUCUCCAAGUUAAGUUCAGGGCUUAACGCCGUCAAAAUAUCCGGCAAUAAGCAUUUUAUUUUCGUUUUAUUCAAGACGUAGUGUUACAGAUAAAAAUCAUGGAUAAUAAUGCAAGCAAAUUAUCGCCAAGAUCCACGUUAAUAAGUUUUUCAUCAGGUUUGUCUGCAAAAGGCAGGCAAAACAUGCCAUCGAGCAUGGGAAAUGAUAGAAUGUAUAAGGUAAAAUACUACACACUGCCCUGACGGUCACAAAUUACAUUAAAUUAAAGGGUACCAAUUUUACAUUAUUAUAAGAUAAAAAUACGAGUAGAAAAUUG